UCCGUGCCAAAUGGACGGAGAUGCCGGACGGCCCGAGGGAGCAGCUUUCGUCCCCAGGAGCUGGCCCGACUUGGAUAAGGACUGGGGCAGAAACGCCACGGAGGUGUGUUCCGGUUAAGCAAGGUAUUAAAAAACAGGGUAUUGUCUGGGACGUUUUAUACGGAGCUUUCAAAAUAGGGAUACCACACAAAAACAAUGACAGAAUAAAACCAACUAAAAUCAACAAUGUGGCAAGGGCCUGAAAAGCACAUUUUAAAAAUUCACUUGAUGCCCCAAAGAGUACAAUGCCAGGUAGCCUCUUGGAGUAGUGGGGUGGGGGGAGGACAGCCUUGCAAGUUGAUGCUGGCCUGCUCUGUCUGAAUGGACUUUAUUUCGUUCGCAGAAAAUACUUUGCCUUGUGCUAGACAGGCUGAACAAGCACAGUGCACGUGAUGCCUGUGCUGUUUUUCAACUGAGGAAUCAUUAUUUGUUUCUCACGCUGGAUCCUGAGUCCUGAAUGGGGUCCAGCACAGGACAAGUGGUAUCUGGGGGCCCCGUAACGACACUCCUUUGUUUGUAGGUGAAGUGCAUCAUUCUCCAGGUUCUCCAUGGUCUCCAGUACCUGCACAACAACUUCAUCAUCCACAGGGACCUCAAGGUGUCCAAUUUGCUCAUGACUGACAAAGGUUGCGUGAAGACAGCGGAUUUUGGGCUGGCUCGUGCUUACAGGGUUCCCCUGAAGCCCAUGACGCCAAAAGUGGUGACGCUGUGGUACCGGGCCCCUGAGCUCCUCCUGGGCACAACCACCCAGACCACGGCCAUAGACAUGUGGGCAGUGGGCUGCAUCUUGGCGGAGUUGCUGGCCCAUAAGCCUCUGCUGCCUGGGAGCUCCGAGAUACAACAGGUCGACUUGAUCGUGCAGUUGCUGGGCACUCCGAAUGAGACCAUUUGGCCCGGCUUCUCCAAGCUGCCCCUGGUGAGCCAGUACACUCUCCGUAAGCAGCCCUACAACAACCUGAAGCACAAGUUUGCGUGGCUGUCGGAGGCCGGGCUUCGCCUCCUCAACUUGCUCUUCAUGUACGAUCCGAAGAAAAGAGCAACAGCGGGAGACUGCUUGGGAAGCUCCUACUUCAAGGAAAAGCCGUGGCCCUGUGAGCCGGAGCUCAUGCCAACCUUCCCGCAUCAUCGCAACAAGAGGGCGGCCCCCAGCACAGGCACGGAGUGCCCAGGCAAACGUAGCCGGCCCUGACCUGGCAGCUUCCAAAGGCACCGGAAAGGAGCCAGAGGUGGACCAGCAAUACAGGCCGCACCAGGAGGGAAAUGGCUACCAGUCCAGGGCCUUGAUGUUCUUAACUAGGGAUGGGGACUUGCAACGUCUCCUCCACGCCAGGGGAUCUGCACUCCCUCCGCACUGCCGCCUCCUUGCCCAGAGGCUGCCUCUCAGCCUGAGGCUUCCAGGAGCAGCGACCCGCUUUGCUCAGGUGUUUGGGGCAGGGAGCCAGGCUCUGCUGCCAGUCUGAGCUUCUCCUCUCUCCUCAGCUCUGCCCAGAACAAGCAGAAGCUCUGGAUGCCGGAAGAAUAAGCAAAGCGCCCCCACCAGAGCCGCGAAGGAGGGAGUGAACCUCCCGAAGAGCCUUCGGACCUGCUGCAAACCAGGGACUGGCUGGGACCUUGGAGCAAAGGCGCCUUGUCCUCGGAGCGCUGGGGCUCAGCUGCUGCUUGCCCCCAGCUCUGCUCUCCGGCACGAGGAAGGCGGCAAGUGCAAGCAGCCCCCCGUGGCUCCCUCUUUCUGCAGACAGCCUUUGAGGGGGAGGGGGGACGGCUUUCAAUAAAGACUUUUCUCUAGCC